AUGAUAUAUAUUACAUUUAAGAAGUUGUAUUAUGAGAAGUACUUUCCGGCGCCUAAGCGGAGGGAACUAAAGAAAGAGUUUGAUGGGUUGAAGCAAGAAAUCAUGACAGUUACAGAGUAUGAGAAUAAGUUUACAUCGCUUUUGAGGUUUGCACCGGGGAUUGCUAAUGAUGAGGAAGGAAAGUUAGAGAAAUUUGUUGAUGGUCUUAAUCUCACAAUCAGGCCAAUUGUAGUUGCUUCAGAACUGACAGAGUAUGCAAAAGCAGUGCGAAAUGCCUUAGUAGUUGAGGCUGAAAGCAGGGACAGUAAGGCUCUUAGGGAAUCCUACAAGCACAACUGGGGUAUGAGUGCUUUCUCCGAGGGUCAAUCAAGUAAGAAGCAGAAGCAUGAGCAGUCAGGGUUCAGAGGACAGCAGCCAGUCAGAUCCACCCCCACAGCUUCAGUGUCCAUAGGGUCUUCUACACCGAAUGUUACUUGUUUUAGAUGCGGACAGCUGGGACAUUACAAGUCCCAAUGCACUCAGACACAGGGCCAUAGGGUGAAAGAUUGUCCACAGCGGGGCAGUGGUUUGGGCAGAGGUGGAGGUUCACAGCAGAGACAGAUGCAGUCUGCCACACUAGUUCAGUCAGGGUUUCGACCACCACUACCACCUCAGCCGUCUCAGCCAGCUAUGUCAACCCAGAGUUCUCGACCUGGUAGGGGAGCUUCUUCGAGUGCACCCACUCAGCAGUCUGGCUAUCAGGCAGGCAGUUCUCAGGGGCAAAGGACCCAGGGUCGCGUGUUUGCACUCACUCCAGCCGAGUCACCAUCCAGUCCUUCAGUUGUAAGCGGUAUGUUUCUUGUGUCCCAUUCUUGGGCUCGUGUAUUGUUUGAUUCCGGUGCUUCUUAUUCAUUCAUUGCUUCAUCAUUUGCACGGGCAUUGGGUUUGGAAGUCAGUCAAUUAGACAGACCGCUUUGUGUUGACACGCCUAUCGGGGGUUCAGUUGCUCUUAGUAGAGUUUGUAGGAGUUGUUCCAUCACAAUUGCCGGACGUGUUCUUAAGUUCGAUCUCAUCAUUCUCGAGAUGACGGGAUUUGACGUCAUUCUUGAGUUGAACUGGUUAUCAUCCUUCAGAGCUGUCAUUGAUUGUUUCAGGAGCAGAAUUUCAGUGUGUACCCCGGAUGAGGAUUGUUUCUGUUUUGUGGGAGAUCGGUGCGAUCCUCUCACUCAUUCAUUUUAUGGUGUUAGGGGUCGGGAUCGGCAGACAUUCUUCUUGGUUAGUCUUUUCGCCAAUGAUGACGUUGAGUUUUAUGAGGUUGAUUAUCCAGCGGUUGUGCGUGAUUUUCUAGAUAUGUUUCCGGAGGACUUGACUGAGUUGCCUCUACACCGAGAGGUGGAAUAUGCUAUUGAUUUGAUGCCUGGUACCGCGCCAAUCUCUAUGGCACAGUAUCGUAUGUUUGUGGUAGUUUUCGUGGAUGAUAUUCUUGUAUAUUCACGGACUCGGGAGGAGCACGAGGUUCAUUUGAGUAUAGUGUUGCAGAUUCUACGGGAGCACCGUUUGUAUGCCAAGUAUGAAAAUUGUGAGUUUUGGCUACAAGAGGUGAAAAUUUUGGGACAUGUUGUCUCGGAAUGUGGGGUUUCAGUUGAUCCUUCAAAGAUAGAGGCAGUUUUGAAUUGA